CGGGGGCUUUAUCUCCCCCAGCUCUGGGGACGCCACCGCCCUGGGCGACUUCACGGCAAGACCUUCCAGAGCUGGAGGGGACCUGGGUCGGCCGCUGCAGCUGCCGGGAGCAUGGCCUAGUGGUGGCGGCACCAUCGGCAGCAACUGAGUUUCGCAAGGGACCUUGGAGACACCACAGCCCCAUUCGCAGGGGAAGAUGGCUUCCGCCGGGUUUGUGAGGAUGAUGCUUGCCCUGGCCCUCGCCCUGCCAGGAGUCCUUUGCACCGAAGGGACACACGGCAAGUCGCCAAUGGCCCGAUGCAGCCUCUUCGGAGCUGACUUCGUCAACACCUUUGAUGGCAGCAUGUACAGCUUUGCAGGACGCUGCAGCUACCUCCUGGCAGGCGACUGCCAGGGACGCUCCUUCUCGUUUUUUGUGGACUUCCAAGAUGGCAAGAGAGAGAGCCUCUCCGUGUACCUCGGGGAGUUUUUUGACAUCCGCGUGUUUGUCAACGGUACCGUGACGCAGGGCGACCACGGAGUCUCCGUGCCCUACGCCUCCAAGGGGCUCUAUCUGGAAACGGAGGCUGCGCACUACAAGCUGUCCAGCGAGGCCUAUGGCUUUGUGGCCAGGAUCGACGGUGAGGGCAACUUUCAGGUCCUGCUGUCAGACAGAUACUUCAACAAGACCUGUGGGCUGUGUGGCGACUUUAACGUCUUCGCGGAAGAUGACUUCAGGACCCAAGAAGGGACUUUGACCUCGGACCCCUAUGACUUUGCCAACUCGUGGGCCCUGAGCAGCGGGGACAAACGGUGCCCCCGGGCACUCCCUCCCAGCAGCCCGUGCAACGCGUCCUCUGAGGAAGUGCAGAAGGUGGCCUUUGUGCUUGCCUGCGUGUGGGAGUUGGGGGCGAUCGGUGAAGACCUCCUCAACAGCCCUCUCUCAGUGGACACUUUCCUCUCCUGCUCAGGGCCAGGCUGA